AUGCAGCGAGGCCUGCCGCAGCAACGAAGUAUCAGAAACGUGAAGAAAGUCAUUGCGGUCUCGUCAGCUAAAGGCGGCGUGGGCAAGUCGACGAUAGCAGUGAACCUGGCGCUGUCCUUCGCUCGCUCCGGCCUACGCAGCGGCAUCCUCGACACCGACAUCUUCGGACCCUCCAUCCCGACGCUGCUGAACCUUUCCGGCGAACCGCGCCUUUCCUCCAAUAACCAGCUUGUGCCCUUGUCUAACUAUGGCGUGAAGUCAAUGUCCAUGGGCUACCUCAUUGGCGAGGACGCGCCAGUAGUAUGGCGCGGCCUCAUGGUCAUGAAGGCUCUCCAGCAACUACUCCACGAAGUCGAGUGGGGCGGACUCGACAUCCUUGUGCUGGAUUUGCCGCCUGGCACCGGCGACGUCCAACUUACUAUAACCCAGCAAGUCAAGCUGGACGGCGCCGUCGUUGUGUCAACGCCCCAGGACAUUGCGCUGAAGGAUGCGGUCAAGGGUGUGAACAUGUUCAAGAAGGUUAAUGUGCCGCUGCUGGGGAUGGUGCAGAACAUGUCGACCUUCCACUGCCCACAUUGCCAGCAAACUACCGAUAUAUUCGGGCGUGAAGGAGUGGCAAGGAAGUGCGAGGAGAUGGGCAUAAGGCUACUUGGUGAUAUACCCCUGCAUGCGAGCAUUUGUAGCGACGCGGAUCGGGGGAAGCCAACUGUUGUCGCGGAGCCAGGGAGCGCUAGGGCACAGGCGUUCGAGGGAAUUGCGGACGCUGUAAAGGGGCUUAUAGGACUAUAG